AUGGUACACCUUGUGGCUGUACCAGAGACAAUCACGGCAAGUGGCUGUGCUUGUGUCUUUAUUGACACCAUCUUCCGACUUCAUGGGUUGCCCCGUGAACUCGUAUCAGACAGAGAUCCACGAUUCACUGCUGAUUUCUGGCGUUCCGUGUUCAAAUCACUCGGAACGCGCUUGAAGAUGUCAACAUCUGAUCAUCCAGAGUCAGAUGGUCAGACGGAACGUGCCAAUCGUGUCCUUGAAGAGAUACUUCGAGGAUACGUACACUCCUUUAAGAGUUGGAGUGAGUUUUUGCCGAUGGUAGAGUUUGCCAUCAACAACUCGGUGCAUGCGUCCACGACACAUACACCGUUUUACGUGAAUGGCUUGCGCCAUCCGCGUGUACCCACCUUACUAGAGUGUAACUCUGGUUUAAGGGGGGGAGGGACUCGCGCGAGCAAAAACCGAUUUGGUUCACGCUCAUCACGCUCUGACGAAGAAGUCAUUGCGUUUGAUGCCGAUAUCGAUAACAUCGAUAUCGAAGAAGAUGAUGCCAGUGAGAGUGCGGAAGCCCUCACUGAAGAAAAGGUUGUUGUCGCUGCAGUGCGCUCACAGCACACUGAAGCUAACGAGUCAUCAGAUGAGUUCAUACUGGCUCGUGAAACGGUAGUCCGUUUUGUGCAAGACUCCAUCGCCGAAGCGGUGGAUAAGCAAAAAGCAAAACGCUGA